GGACUGCGCAAGCAGCAAAGCGAGCGUAAGCGAGCGUUUGAUGCUUGUAUUAAAUUAUACAGAAAGAUGAAUGUGUAGUUACUCUUCAGGGAACAGUGACAGUGGGCAUAUUCGAUCCACGUGAUGUAAACUAACUUUAAUAUUUUGUCCCCGAACUUUUCGACGACACUUCACCAGCAGCCAGCACGCAGCCAGAACCCACCCACUCAUCUAGCGGCCGUAAUUCCCACUGGCAAUGGAGUUCACCUGUCAGAAAUGUGCGCAAGCACUCCGACUGGGAAUUCGGCCACAUCUUUCCUCAAUCCGGGCGCGGACCCUUCCCCGCCUCGGACAGCGAUAUCAGCAGCUUAGCACACAGACUGCCGGUUUUCACACCCCUCAAGCAGGCUCAGGCUCACGAGCCAGCAAGAUUAGCACUGGAGCUGCCAUCGCAAGAUCCGCAUCGUCAUCUGCUAGCCAAGUGGCUGCAGCAGGCUCUUCGGCAGCAUACAAUGUGAAGCCCCUGCUAAAGCCGGACAACCUCUUCCAUUCUUUCACCAAUUCCCCCUCUCCCGAAAUCCGACAGCGGGCAGCCUUCAUAAAGCAGAAUGCUUUCUGCCCGCAUCCCAGUCAUCGACAGACACGCGUCCCCACAUCCCCUCAUGACUCCGAGGCCAGGAAAUCCCCCGAAGCCAGCAGCGAGAGCCAGCCGCCAGCGCACUCUAAUUUCGAGUGCCCGGACUGUGGCGUACCGAUAUAUUGCUCCGAGGGGCAUUGGAUGGAUGACUUUGAGGCACAUCUGGAAGUGUGCGACACAAUCCGGCAAAUCAAUGAGGAUGACCAUGACCUGCGGUCUCGCCGGUUCUUCUCGGAGUUUAACUACCCAGGCCUGCAGGAGGAUGAGUCGAUAGUGAAUAUGACGAAUUGGGAUACAUUUUUGUAUACCAGGCAGUUUGAUGCUAUUAAUAAUGAUAGACACAUGAGGCAGGUGACAAGGCUGCUCACGUACCCCAUUACGAUUGCGAGUGUGCUACAUGAGCUUAGCCCGUAUAAUAUUCGGAAAGGUGGUCGAUUGACCCCGGAAGGAUUAAAGAGUUUGAGCGCCCUCCGCUACACCCUCCAUCCGCCAAGAACCGGCGAGGGAGCGAAAAUGUCCGGCCUCCGCCUAAAAGCGCCCCCAGUCCGCGUCUUCAUUCUAGGCGCGCGCGCCGAAUCCUCGCUACCCCGCGACGUCUGGCUCCAACUUUCCUACCUCUUCCCGCGCGCGCUCAUAAACCUCAUCUUCAUCGGCCCGGAGAGCAUGGCGAACCGGGACGACGAGUUCCCGCUUCCCGAACGCACCCCCGCAAACCCCUUCGGCGGCAUCGUCGAAGACCGUCUACACGCGCUGAUGAAGAUCACCACGUACGUCGAUUACUUCCACACGAUGCACCAGGCGAACAUGUUUCAGCCGUACGACCCUUACUUUGACUGUUUCAUGCUCUUCCACCCUGGUUUGGGACACCCGGCCAGUUCGCACGAGUGGGAGGAGACGCUUCCGCAUCUGCUGCAGACGAAGGUGCCGAUUCUGUGCACGGGAUAUUCGGAGUGGGAUAUGCAGCGGGAUAAGGAGUGGGUGAUGGAGAAGUGUGGUGGGGAGGUUGAUUUGCUGUUGGAGCCCGGAGAGAAUAAGUUCCGGAGUCUUCGGUGGGAUUUGAAUGAUGUGGAUCCGCAUGAUGUUUCGUGUGGGAAUUGGGGGUUGUGGGGGUUUAGAGGGAAGAGGUAUGAAGCUACCUACAAGGAGGAAGGGGCGGAAUAGAACCUUUUGGGUGAUGUACGUAUAUAGUUGUAUUAAGUAUUGACUUCCUCUCUCUGUAUUAUUGUAUUAUUUCAUUUAGGGAAAUGAAGUUCCACUCAUUCAUCCUUAAGCAUUAUUAUUUUAUCAUAUAAUGGAAAAUGUUUUACGCCGCCAUUAUCCAUGUCGUCCUACCUUUCCUCAUUUUCCAAUUCCCCCUGUCUAGCAAUACAUGGGUUUCCCCAAGUGAAGAAUACCACAUGCAGUCCCCAAGGUACGGUUGAACUGUCGAUGGUCUAUCAAUGGGUCGGUCGGCUUGGACCUGCUAUCACAAUUCAGACAAACAUAUUGCCGGGGCGUUAAACGGUACAGGAUGAAUCGUAAUAGAAAUAGAACCACUAUAUACAAGAGACGGGCAAGCAGAGAGAGAAAGAAAUAAAGCCAACCCGCAGACAUCACGGCAGGGCAAGGCGAACACACGGACCAGAAUAUCGUACAUGACAGUAACCCAACCAGGUUGAACGCAAGUCUGUAACAAUAGACAUAAAAAGAAAAAGCAAAUAGGUAUCAUCCCAAGCCGCAAUUUAUCAGGCUCAAAUGCGGAUAGCAAGAAGCAAAAAGUGGGGGAUUGGGGGUGAAAAAGUGAAUAAACGUUCGUCGCAUAUCAUAUCAUAUCAUAUCAACGUCACAGCCGCAACAACCAACGAAGUUAUAAGCCAAUAGCCACCCAGUUUCGAUAGCGUAGGAGAAACAAUGGGUACCCCGCUGUUUUCCGGGAUGGACGGAUCUGGAUUUGUGGUCCCAUUGGCCAAGCUGCCAUUGA